UGCUAAUACACUGUAAUUAUUUUUCAGAACAGAAAAAAAGACAAAGAUGGCGUCAAGAAACUUUGCGUACGGAAGAGAAAUAGCUUUUAUGUUAGUUGUAUUGUUUAUGACGUGUGUCUCCAUGCCAACCGACCCAGCGUCUAUCCCUGGUGACGUAACGCUGCCGGCAGUGGGCGUGGCUACAAACGACGAGGGCGGGGUGGCAGCGAGUGAAGACUACUACGAGUCUGAUUACGAAGAUGAAGAAAAGACAAACAUAAAAGAGUUCUCUGACAAGGGCGGGAACUCUGGUGAAAUACAAGCAAGAAACUUCGAGAACGUCACGCACGAUUGGCUGGAAACUGACGGCCACUACACGGAUGACGUCACAACAGCAACAGUCCAAGAGGACGAUUUAACUGGAGGCGAGGGGGUCAUGGGUUUGGGAGGCGAAGGGGUCAGGGGUUUAGAAAAAUUAGCAGACGACACUGCAGACGACAGGAUCCCACUGAGAAAACGGACAGGUCUUGUAAUGUCGACCGAAUCAACUCAGCUUAACGUUUCCAUGGUAACGAGUACUAAAGUCGAUGAGUUAAGCCAAGACCCGGAGAUCUAUGCUAAAAGAGGUUCUCAGCUGACUGACCAAGCGAGCCCGAGGGUAGAUGAGCCUGAUGUGGACGAGUCCCCUGGUGUUGAGGAAACCAGCGGACCCACAGACAGCCAGACCGACCCAGGGGGGAAUCACACAGAGGAGAUGACCCACGUGACACACCCACUGCACGUGGACGCUGGUCAGUUUACAGGUCCGGUAACCUCGGGCUCAACACAUUCUGGACACGAUUCUAGAUCCCCAACAUCACAUACCCCCGGGGAGUCACAUGACUUUGUACCGAGUGGACAUCCGGGCAACACAUCCGGACACAAUGGGCAGUCGGACAUUACACAAGAACAGAAUGGACACUCGGACAAUACAACUGAAUCAAGGGAUGAUGAGAAAGACCUAGCACAAAACAGACCCCCGCAAACAGUGGAUCCUGCGAGCAGUGAAUCACUUCAUCCAGAUCUUAGCCACAACAAUCACCAGCCACACUAUCCAGUGGAUAACAACACCAAUGAUGUUCAGGAUGUAACACACGAAGAGAUUAAUAAUGUGGAUUACCAAGCUCAACAUCACCCAACGGAUAUAGAAGAAAACAUCGUGGACGGAUCAUCAGACCAUCAUCAGACGGCUGAUGUAGAUAAUGAACACGGUGUAAGUCGAGACUCUCAUAUGUAUUUUACUUCUGCACGGAGUGAAGAGGUGCCAGAUAAAACAAUCACCAGCACUGUAACAGAUGGUUUCUCUACUGCAAACAGGGGGACCACAUUGGCAGGCGGUGGUGUCACUACAUCCGGGGUAUCUACCCACACUAUGACAUCUCAUGCCAGAAUAUCCGAUGACAGUCUGACAACUGGCAGUGGGCUGAGGACCACAGGUCACCCGGUGUCAAGGUCACACGCUCACACCGUCACCGCCUGGCCUUCUGUACGAACUCACCCACCAGGCGACAGACGCACGCGAAUGCCAACCACGCCCACACGCGACGUGCACCUCCCGUCUGUAUCGAGUACGGUUCUUGAGACGUUGCAUCCAACAGACGAACAAGACGCCCACUUCUCGAACAAGGACACAACAGAAUCCACACCGGUCAUACACACAGAAUCAACCGCGGAGGUUGAUGGGAAAACGGCAAUACCCUCAACCACCUCACUCUGGACCCCCUACACCACCACACCCUCCCCCACCACAACCCCAACCCCCUCCACCACCACACCCUCCAACACCCCCUCUUCCACGCCCCCUGUUCACAGCCUCCUCACUACAACCCUGACAUCACCCAACACCAUCACCACACGAGGACACAGUACAACCGGAAACACGCCCCUAGAUACGACGUCACCAAUGGCAAACACUAUAGAGAGUAACGUCAUCGGCAUGCCUACUGACGUCAGCAUCAGUUCUGACGUCAGCCAAUCGCCAGGGUUCCCUAGACAGAACAGUUCCCUGUCGUUUGUAGAACUCAGGUUCGGGAUGUCUUGGCUGAGUUUCUGUAAACAGCAGAGCCCCAUCAAAGGGGAGCUAGUCGAGAUAAUGCAGGCCAGUCAAAGGGAGAUCACUACUGACCAGAUUUUCUUGCUGAACGUGGAUGAGCGGCGGUGUGCCGACGUCACGGAAGACAUCUCCGUUCACCUGUACCUGGUGAACAAGUCUCAUCAAUACGACCGUGGCCUCACGCUAGACUGUGGGCAGGUGCUCCGCUCCAGCACUUUCCCUCGAGAUUCCAUCAUAAGGAGCAAGUUGCUUGAUGUUCGAAUCUAUGAUGCCUUUGACGUGAAUGCUUCAAAACCAGCGACUGAAAAGAUCGACACAAAUCCUUUCGCUGAUCCGGGUGUGACAGUUGCUGUUAUACUUGCUGUGGUGGGCGGGGCUUGCUGUCUGGGACUUUUGGCAAUACAGAUAUUUGUCCGUCAUCGCAACAGAGACCGCCAUGUUUUUAACCCAACCUUUAACAGGAGUUGUAGUUCUAGCAGUAUGGACUCCAUUCAGCUCUCUUCUGUAACGAAAUCUAGGCCAAACAGCGGUUUGUUCAAUCCUGGCCAGGAAAUUACUGACAGUCUUGAGCCCAGCCACCCAAUGAACUUCACUCAACUCUCAGAUUUCUGCUGCAGUGAGAGACACAUAGCACAGGAGUUUGAGACCAUCCCAUAUCGUAUGCCACGUUUGUCUGUUGUACCUAAAGGAGAAGAGGACAAAAACAGAUACGCUAAUAUUUUACCACUGGCUCACACAAGAGUCAAGCUCGUACAGGAUGGACCAGAACUACGCACAUCAUACAUCAAUGCAAAUUACAUUACGGGUCCCAACAAAAACUAUCAGUACUACAUAGCCACACAGGCGCCAACAGAAGGAACUAUCACAGACUUCUGGACCAUGGUCUGGCAGCAGCAGUCCAAGGCCAUUGUCAUGUUGACCCAGCUACAGGAGGAUGGGCAUGUGAAAUGUGCGUCCUACUGGCCAGAACUGGUGGGUAAAAGUGCUGCCCAGAAACAUGGAGACUUCCUGAUAGAACUCAAACAAAAGGACAUCCACCAGGAGUAUAUUGUGUCUUGCCUGGAAAUCAACCAUUUGAGGAAAAUCGAGAAAAGAGAGGUGCAUCACUUCUGGUAUACCUGCUGGCCAUCACAUGGUGUGCCAGAACCAAUCUCAUUGGUCAAGCUGGUGCUGGACACACGGCCAAAGUACGAGCACAGUGGCUACCCUCUCAUUGUCCAUUGCAGCCCGGGGACAGGCAGGACCUGUACGUUUGUAGCCCUGGAUCUGUGUAUGAGCCAGUUUGAGUCUGGUCGUAAUGUUGACGUCCUCAGGACAGUCUACAACAUGCGGCAAGAGAGGGCGGGAGCUGUCCAAAACAAAGAACAAUAUGCACUUCUAUAUCACGCAAUCAAUGAAUACGCAACAAUUGUGAUGAGUCCGGUAGUGUCCGCAGCUUCCUCUGCUACAACCCUCCACGCCCUCCUCUCUACAUGAUGGUGUCAGCUCAUAGACCAACCCCUCAAACUAUAGACAGAUGUCACAUGUCAAAGGUUACAGACUCACAGAUGACACCAGAUUGUUGAUCUAAAUGACACAAAGAUCUUUCAUGGCCAUUUCAUCCUUUUUUCUGCCACUCAACUGUUGUGUUAUAUUGUAGUUACAUAGUUGUAGAUCUUGUGGAGCAACUCUUGGUGAUUUACUACAAUUGAAAUUUGUUGUGUUGUUUUUUUCUUAUGUUUGCAGUCAAUCAAGCUAUUGAAAUAGAUUACAAAAUAUUACAUUUUCAAGCCAUGCUGGGCUUUUUGUGAAAUCCUUAUGUUUAUAUUGAUCUGUCAGAACAAUAAUUGAUGAUACUUCACUUUUUGCUGUCUGAUUCUGAAAUGUCACACAGUGUGGGGACUGGCAUUCAGUAUACAGCACUGGCAUUCUGUAUACAGCACUGGCAUUCUGUAUACAGCACUGGCAUUCUGUAUACAGCACUGGCAUUCUGUAUACAGCACUGGCAUUCUGUAUACAGCACUGGCAUUCUGUAUACAGCACUGGCAUUCUGUAUACAGCACUGGCAUUCUGUAUACAGCACUGGCAUUCUGUAUACAGCACUGGCAUUCUGUAUACAGCACUGGCAUUCUGUAUACAGCACUGGCAUUCUGUAUACAGCACUGACAUUCUGUAAACAGCACUGGCAUUCUGUAUACAGCACUGACAUUCUAGACUAAACUAGAUUUCAAAUCUUAUUUAAAGUUUGAUUAUUGUCUUGAGGCCUCCAGUAUGGCUAGGCCUAAUUGCUUGAAGUUUGCUUUAUCUCAAAUAAAAGUAUUUUAUUAGUGUAAAAUGAUUGUUUUAUUAAAUCAUUGUCUUAUCAAUUUAAAUGAGAUGUAGCAUCUAAAUGCAGGGCUGGCAUCUCCAGGUUUUGUUGGCUCUUUAUUGUGAACAUUGUGCUACAGGUCAAGGCUGUUUAUAGUAAACAUGUAAGGUUGUUUACAGUGAACAUGGUUCUAUAGGUCAAGGCUAUUUAUAGUAAACAGUUCUGUGUAGCGAAGAUAACAAGCAUAGCUGCUGCCUGUAAUUCAAUUUAUUUUGACUUAUUGUAUUAUAUCAAACUGCCAGCUUAACUGUUAGUUAUGAAUUGCCUUAUCACUCUCAUGUAUGUAUUGUUUACGCUUUAUUGGUCAUUUAAUGUGUAGAUGAGAAACACAUUUUUGUUUUCAACAUGCCAUAUUUUUUUUUCAAAAUAAAUUUUAAAA